AUGCUGUUUGCUGCUUUUGUCUCUAUUUGCUUCAUCGCCAAUCACUCCCGCGCCCUCACAGACGACGUCGAGCAGCGGGCUCCCAACGAUAGGGGCAUCAGCAGCCUGCCUGCGUCUUCCGCGGCAGCAGCUGCCGCAGCAGUUGGCCCUCCCCUCAUGUGUGACAUGAAGCUUACCCUUGAAAGGGUCAGCGAGCACUUUUAUAGAAUCGGGGGACCAGCAGAGGGGCCUUCAGCGCAUGACCACCUGCAGGCCCAAGGGCCCCUAUAUGGCGAACCCCUGAAGACCAGCAACCCAACUGCAGUGCAGGAUUCCACUGGAGAAGGGAAUCCUUUACAAUGGGCACCACCAGGUGGCACUACUACCGACCAGGAAGAGACGAUAGAAGGAGACCCGCAAGAUACGCUCACACAGGGCGCAGCAGAGGCAGAUGUAACAACAGCCGUCGAUGUGCAACCAGCGGCAGGAGCAAAUGCUGCUCCUACUGAUGUGACUCCAUCAGAGGAAAAAUUGCUGCGGGAAUCAGAGCUAUGCAUCAUCUGCUGCAACACGAUGGCGAGUGCCGUGCUUCUCUUCUGCGGACAUGGAGGUCUCUGUUUUUCGUGCGCUCAGACAUGCUUCCAUAGGAGCGGCCUCUGCCCUACUUGCCGCUGUCCGGUGAAAGGAGUUCUGGAGUUAAAGGACAGAGAAGGAAACCAAAUGGUUGAAGGCGCGCAGCUUGAGGGAGUGGUCAGGGAUGUCGCCAGCUAA